GCAAGCUCCUUUGCUCUGGAGCCCAUACGGCGCACAAGAUGGCCGCAUCAGCGCCCAGGCUCGUGCUAUGGCUAGCCGCCAGCGCGCUGGGGCUCUCCCCAAGCCUGCGUGCGCGUUCGCUGCCGGCGCGAGCAGUGAGAGCGCCUGUGGUUCAAAACCUGCAACCGCUGGCGCCCCGCGCGCGCGACCUCACGCGCCGCGCCAGCGACAUGGAGCGGUCCUACGACGGCGUCGACCUCACCGCCAGCGACGCAACCGAUGUGAUGGACGAAGAAGGCUGGUUCGAGGACGACGACGAGCGCGACGCGGCCAUAGACAUCCUGGCGGACCGCGACGAGAACAACGAGGAGGUCGACACGUCUUCCGUGUAUUUUUUUGGGAACGACGACGACGACGACGAGGAAUUAAGGCGAUUACUUAGUGAACUGGAGAGCCAGUUCGCCGGCAAAGACGACGCGGCCUCGCGGUCUAUUUUAGCAUCGGUAGAGGAGUGCGGGAAGGUCUUGGAGAAGGAGCACACGCCCGUGGCGCUGGACGCGCGCGCUGCACUAGCGUUUGCCGCGACGGCGCGAGGCGACGCGCCCGUCGAUGAACUAGAUGUAGAAAGAAUCCCAACAGUAGACGAUGAAUUAGUAGAGGCCUUCCAGGCAUUAAAUACAGACGACUUCGACGGCCACCUGGACGAGAUGUACGGCUGGCUCGUCGGGAACAGUUCCGAAGCGACUCAUGCUGGAAGUACUUCAUCUAAAACAAGGUUCGGACGGACCGUGGGCUUGGAUCUGGGCACCACAAACAGCGCAGCCGCCGUCGUCGACGCCGACGGCGCGCCCAAAUUGCUGCCACCCGGUUUAACCCCGUCGGUGGUAUGUUUUAUCGACGGCGAACUGGAGACGGAGCCUGUGGAUCGAGCAGGCAGAGUAGCGCUGCGGGACGAUGACGGCCGGGGCGUCGUCGCGGUCGUGGGCAAAGAAGCCGAACAGAUGAGAGACGGCGUCCACGCCGCGUCCGUGUGUUCUCGGGUGAAGCGGGUAUUAGCCCGGGACGCGACGCCGCGGGAGAUGCGCCGCGUGUCGGCGGGCGAGUCGGAGAAGCUGACGCACACCACUACCCUAAGGAUCCCGGCGCUGCCGAAUAGAGUUGCAGCCUCCGAAGUGUCCGCGGAAGUGGUCCGGAAGCUGCGGGACGACGCGUUGGCGUUUCUGGACGGCCACGCCGGCGCCGCGACGAAAUGUGUGGUGGGCGUCCCGGCCCGUUUUGAUGAAGCGGCCGUCGAGGCGACGAAGACCGCGUGUUUGUUAGGUGGUUUUGAGUCCGCAGAGACGAUUCUGGAGCCCGUCGCGGCGGCUUUAGCGUACUCGGCGACGAAGCAAGUCGGCAAGGAGACGGUUUUGGUGUUCGACCUCGGAGGUGGCACUUUUGACUGCUGCGUCGUGGAGUUGGAUGGGAAUAGGGCGGAGCUCAUAGCAUUAGGUGGGGAUGCGAAACUCGGUGGCGAUGACUUUGAUGCCGCAGUUGCUGAACAUCUGGCCGACCGGUUCUACGACGCGCACGGUCUGUCCGUCAAAGCGGCGACGGCUAGAUUGCGUUUAUUAGCCGAGGCGGAGCGGUGCAAGAUCGCUUUAUCUAGAUCCAACGCUACCAAAGCGUUCGCCCGCGGUUUAGCUAGAGUCGGUUCUGAUGGGAGACGCGCGCGGGGCGGCCGGCCCCUCGAUCUAGAAUGCGACAUAACGCGGCCCGUGCUGGACGCGCUCUGCCAACCGUUGUUAGCGAGGCUGGAGAAAGCCAUGCGCGCGACGUGCGCCGAGGCCGGCGUCGCGUUGCCCGGUGAUAAGGGCACUCGAUCGCUGGACGGCGUGCUGCUGGUCGGCGGCGCGACGCGGACGCCGGCGGUCGGGCGCAUGCUCCGCGCGGCGACGGGCCUGCCCCUCGCGAAGAUCGCGGCGCACGGGUCUGUCCACCCGGACGAGGCGGUGGCGCUCGGCGCCGCCGUCCGCGCGGCGGCGCUCGACGCGAGCAGCGUCGGGGCUGCUGCGCCGGACGCGUCCGUCGUCGACAAACGAGCUGCUGUGUAACAAAUUAACUUUAUCCUGAAAUCA